UUCUCCUUCUCGGGCUCCUCGGUCCCUCGGCAGCAACGCGUCCACGUGGGCCGCCGCGUUCCAUCACAAUGUCUGUGUCGUUAACGAUCUUCUGCUGCUCCUGCUGCUGCGCACUGUGAAGAGCGGCAUCGGCUGCGUAGAUCAAAGUUAACCACCACGCGACUCGUGAGGACCCCGCUUGGAUGGUGCAAAGCCAGAAGAUGGGAGCGUGACCCACGGGGCUGUGAGCCGGCUCAGCAUGGGGCAGACGAGUGGCAGAACGAGGGGCUUGGCCGCGACCCAGUGGCAGCACCACGGCCCCUCGGAUCCACACGCCUCGGACCGUACGCCAACCCACACUCUGUGGUCCGGGUCCCGGAUCGACGACACCGAGGAUCUCCAGGGGCUCGUUAGAAACCCUUCGCGAGACAGCAAAGGGUUCCGAGUCGACUUUGCGUGCCCCGAUGAUGGCGCGGAGGUUCUGCGGGAACCCCCUGGCCCCGGGGGCUCGGGGCGAGAGGCGUGGGGGGGCCCAGGACACAGCUCCUGCGCCGCAAACCUCCACGCCGAGCCGUGGUUCUUCGGCACCGUGAGUCGCGUCGAGGCGGAGCGCGUGCUGCUGUCCAGCGCCAAUGAGCACGGUGCCUUCCUGCUGCGGGAUGGAGGCGCUGGCAGGUUCAGCCUCUCGGUGCGCGACGGAGACCUGGUGAAGCACGUGCGCGUGAGGAAGACCCGCACAGGAUUCUCCAUCUCGAAGGAGCGGAGCUUCGCAAGCCUCGCCGCGCUCGUGGAGUCUCUCCGCAGCGGCGACUCUGCGCUCUGCAUCCAGCUCCGGGCGCCAUGCAGUGCGGUUCCCGAGGGAGAGGGCCCUGAGACCACAGGAUCGCUGGGCGACGUGUGGGAGGUCCCUGCCGAGGCAGUGAGCCUCGAGCGGAAGCUGGGAGAGGGGGAGUUCGGGGAGGUGUGGCAGGGCCUGUGGAACCACUCCACCCCCGUUGCCAUUAAGACCCUGAAGCCAGGACAUGCAGACGCAGAGAGCUUCCUGGAGGAGGCGCAGCUGAUGAAGGCGUUCCGGCACCCGCAUCUGGUGGCGCUCUACGCGGUGUGCACCACCAGCGAACCGUUCCUCAUCAUCACCGAGCUCAUGCCGCAUGGCAGCCUGCGCCAGUGCCUGCAGGGCCAGAUGCACUGGAUGCUGGGAGUCCCCGAGCUGCUGGAGAUGGCUGCGCAGGUAGCGUCGGGCAUGGCCUACCUGGAAGCCCAGAACUACAUCCACCGCGACUUGGCGGCGCGGAACGUCCUGGUCGGAGACAACCUCACCUGCAAGGUGGCCGACUUCGGGCUGGCGCGCGUCAUCAAGGACGAAACCUAUACGGCCAAACUCGGCUCUCGCUUCCCCAUCAAGUGGACGGCACCCGAGGCAAUCAACUACAACAAGUUCACGAGCAGGUCGGACGUGUGGUCCUACGGGAUCCUGCUCCAUGAGAUCUUCACCUACGGGGAGGAGCCCUACCCCGGGAUGAGCACCCACGAGUCCCUGGAGGCAGUGCAGCGCGGUUACCGGAUGCCGCGCGUGGCCGGCUGCCCGCAGGCCGUGUACGCCGCCAUGCUCGCCUGUUGGCAGGUGGCCUCCGACGCGCGGCCCACCUUCGCUGACCUCGAGUCGCAUUUCUCCUCGCUGUCCGGGGCUGCGGCAAACGACCCCAACGAAGCUCAAUGCUCGACAGGCUGGGGGGAUGGGCGAGCCGCGACGCUGGGGUCCCGGCGAUUGCAGCCGCCCUCAGCCACGACGACGAGGAGCGGGACGAGGAAUAGCGAAACCCUGACUCACGACCUCACGCUGCCCAGGAAGAGCUCAUGUCGCGAUGGCAAAGAUGGGUCUGACGACAAGGUGGAUUCGGUGAAGUUAAUUCUCCGAUGUGACAGAACGAGCGACCUUUUGGGACCGAGGACUUGAUGGGAGCUGUUCCACAUACACGUGAAGGGAGGGUUCCUGCAACUGUUCAGUUUAUCUCCAAAACUUGGUAAAUUGUCGAGCGGCAUUUGUGAUGACCUGAAGUCAGUCCAGUGACUUAUUUUGUUCAUGGUUGGUUCAGCGACUUUGCACUUCAAGGGAUUGGCAACAGCAACAUCUGGAUUAUAUCUCCAGGCCAGAUCCAGCUUAAAUGACUGCGCAGGUAUCACGUCAUUUGUUUUCCACUUGAAAGGAAUUUUACCUUUGGAGAUUCAUAAUAAUAAUCGGAUCGAUUUCCCCCGGCAAUGAACGUUUCUCUGCAGCAAAGCACUUGUGUGGGCAAUGGCGGAGCCAGGAUUUUUAGGUAGGGGGGGGCAACCCCUCCGGAAAAGAAAAAUUAUAGGAGUUGAUAGUAAGUAAGGACUUGUCCCUUGCUUUUUAUUUGAUGCGUGUGCGGCGAUGGCACAGCCAUCGAUCGAGGGUCGAAUUCGAACUGAGUGUGAUGGGCAUCGCGCUCGCUGAAGGUAUACCUUCAGGGAAGUUGUGUACUGUUUACGCAACUGCGCACAAUUCUCUAUUUGAAGUUUUCGUGACUGCAAGGAUCCAUACUCUUUGGUUUUUUCGGUAAAGUCACGUAGGUGAAAAUAAAAAAUAAAAUAAAAAUGAAAACAACUAUAUUAAAUCACGACGUUUCGGAGGCAACACAAGCUUCCGUCUUCAGGUGGAACUGCUACAGCAAAAUUACUGUAGUAAGUGAAGAGAGCUAUUAGAGACACGCGAUUAUAUAG